GCUUCAUGGUCUCGCCUAGCUCGCACCCCCGUCUGCCCCUCAAAUUAUGUCCCGCGCGCUUUUGGUAACCGACGGAUCGGUCAAGGGAGCGUGAUGAUGGAUUCCGCUGCUGCAGGCGUCGCGGAAGGCGAGGACGAGCUCUACGUCAGCCACACCUGCUACGCCCAGUCAGCUGAGAGCAGGUUCGGCGAGCGUGUCCUCGAUGACCUGAAGACCUUCGUGUUCCAACCGCCGCAUGAUGCCUGGAUUCCCGUUCUCGACCCCGGCGACGUGGACGAAGAAGACGAUGAUGCGGAGAUGGACUUGGACGUGGGGUUUGUCGAUCUAUACGAUUCCGACCCUUCCACAGCCCACGUACUGGAGACGGAUCCCAGCCACGCAGAACAAGGGUUUCCGAGAAUUGCGACGCUGAGGAAUAAUCUGACGGCCCUCUCACAACGGUACAACCUGUACUUUGCGGCGUACCAAGACAGAAUAUAUGUCUACCAGCCCCGAAGAAGCGCGCCGCGUAUCCUGCCCUCCCAGUCCCUCAUUCUCCAGCCGCGACCUUCCAAGUACGCCGACUUCGCCGGGGGCGCGAUAGACCCACGCUUCCCCCACCAGGUCAAUCACAUCAUCGUCGGUAAUCUGGGCCUCCUCGAGAUUGUCCUGCUCGCUUAUGAUGACGGCGAUGUGAUUGCUUACUAUACGCAUGCGAUUGUGCGCUGUAUCAGGGCGAACGCCGACGACGUCCGUCGGGGCGGCGCCCGCACUCGCCAACCAGCGCAUCCGAAGCCGUUCUUCCACGAAAAUGUCGGCAAGUCGGCGUGGGGAAUGGCCAUCCACGAACGAUCCCGACUGAUCGCCGUCGGCUCGAACCUCCACGAGGUCACCGUCUUUGCGUUUGCGCUGAGCAACCCGACCACCGUCUAUAACUUCCCGGAUGCGGACCUUUCCCCCAGAACCCGAUGCGGUCAGACGGCCUUAGCCCUCGAGAAGCACCUGCGGUCCAGGACAAGGACUUGGCGAAUCGUCCUGCCGCUCAGCCAUGUGGGAGACAACAUUCCCAACCUCGCCUUCAUGGACGACGAGGCCGGCGAGGCAGACAAGGUUGUCGCCAUUGACGUCGCGGGCAAUGUCUGGCUCCUCGAUAUCUGGAAACUUGGCACACCGCCUCUCCUGUGGCCAAUGGCUGCCCCCCGGGACAACGUGACGGGCAGGGCCAUGGGCUGGGGCGUGCUGGUUCUUCCGGGUAGCAGCUUCAGGUCGGCCAAGACGGUCUAUGACUCUCUUGGGGUACCCGGAGGUGAAGUUAUUCCCGGCACAAGAGCCGAGGAUAGCAGCAGAGUCUGGUUGGAUACCACGUGUAGCCUGUACUACGUCGACGGGCUAUCGCCGAGUGCCAAGCACGUGUUCCGCCGAGGCUCUCGCGCCGAGUAUGCGAGAAAGCACGCCACCAACCUCGAAUAUCCGGGAGAUGACUUUGAUGACCUUGAACCUGCAACCGAAAGCGAGAGCGAGGUGGAAGGUGAAUCCUCCGGAGCUUCUGCUGCAGUUGACGACGCGACGGGGGACGGGGCGGCAUCCUCUCCGGCAGCCGGUGGCCGGGGAGAUCGGCAGUGGACCGCAUUGUCCGCCUAUCGUGGGCCUUCGGGCACCGACCUUGAUGACAUGGCCGAUGACAUCCAGAUGGGUCGAUGCAUCAUCCCCCUCUUUGGAGAGACGCCAGCGCUCGACGGCACUGUCUCCCAGCAUACGGCCUUGACCCGCCGCUCUUUCCAGCGCCAGGGAAGGACGAACCAUGUCGAGGUCCGCGCAGCCCAGUUUCCCGCCCACACCGCCAGGAAUCUCUGCCUCCUCCGCACCUCCCAGACCGGCAUCGAGCUGCUGCCGCUCGACCGCGAUGCGCCCUGCAUCAGCUGCAAGUACGUGCUCCCGUGCCACCAAGACGGCAGGGCGUCCGCCCCCUGGGACCUGCACCCUGUGUACUCGCAGCGGGUGAGCAUGCUCAUCCACGUGCCGGAGCUGAACCUGGUGGCGGCUGGCUCGCCGACCGGCCGCGUAGCUCUCAUCACGCUGACACGGACGGCCAAGAAGUUCUACAUGACCAAGCUCCGGCGUGGCUUCCGUGUUGAGUGCGUGCUCCCCCGCAAGUCCGACAAGAAACUGCGGCCCAACUGCACGCUGAUCGGGAUCGCCAUGUCGCCCGCGCCCCAUCGUCAGGCGAAGGGGCUUGAGCUGCGUCCCGGCGGGAAGAGGACGCACCCGACCGUGUACAGGCUGAUAUUGCACUACAAGGACCACAGCAUUCUCAUGUAUGAUGUUGCGAAGAGGGGUAGCGGCUGGGAUUUGACGGUGUUUUAGGUGUCUAUCUGAGU